AUGCCGCGGUUCGCAGCAUUGGUUGUUUGGUUUUGCUUUGGCCUGAGCUGGUCAGAGCGUGGCGUGCAGACAAUGCGUCACGAGAUCCAUGCCCAUAACACAUUGAACGCGAAUGAGACCCGUACCAGAACCUGUGAGAGCCAGACUUUGCCACAGCAGAUCCCAGCUCUAAAUUAUGGUGCCAAGCCGACAAAAGCUCUUUCCAACGAAUGCUGGCAGAGGUGUGCGGCGGACGAAAUCGCGGGAAAGUACCUCCAUGAAUCGGCUUUGAGGGGAAUAGUAGGCUUUGCCCAGGAUGAUUCACUUGUCAAAUCGGUGAUCUACGGAACCUUGUAUGCCACCGGUACGCUGCCCAAUUGGCCUUUACAUGAAAUCUGCCAGAGCACCUUCGACCUCAUCCAAAUGAAGUGUCCGAGAGGUUACAUGAAGAAUUCCUGUGUAAAGGAGUUCAACGGCGACUACUUCACAAAGAGCAACCCUAAAUGUGCCCGUGCAUAUGAUGCUCUCGGGAAGAACAACGGGGAGUAUCGAUGCGCGUUUGCGGCUUGGUGGGACUCGUGCUGCAGUACCAGAGAGCACCAGGAAGAUACAGAAUGUAGGCAGUGCGGCCAAGACCAGUAUUUCUGCACCUGA